AAUCAGUAUAGAUAUUGCUGUGCCGCAAUUCCUAUUCCAGGUUGCAGGCAUUUCCACUGAACGUCCAACAGUUCAUACCCCAAGCUUAAUCAGCACACAGUAAACGACCAUGAAAAGAGCUCUAUCAAUCGCUGCCAUUGGCAUAUCAACCUUAGCGGUCCAGGCUCAGUUUUCCUCACAACCCCAAAACCUAACAAUCUCAUUCUCUCCCGACGACGCACCACACGACUGUUCAGCAGCACCAGACCCCCGCACAAUCUCCUUCUCCACAAACAUGGCCCCAAGCGAUGGCAUCUGCUUCAACCUCGAAGACCUCUUCGCCUCCAACAACACCCUCAACAGCACCGGUUACUACAACUACACCGGAAACCUCUACGCCGUGCCCUGGCCAAUUUCCUACUCCUUGACGAACAUCGAAGCCUUCGACGCAAGUGCCAACUACUCCAACAUCCGGUACCAACAAACCAACGCGACAGGUAAUGGUGAAAGCGGGAGCGGAGACGCGGUGAUUGCUUUGCAAAUUUAUCCUGCUCGGAAUUGUAGGGAUGCGCCGCCAGAAGCACCGCUGUCGGCGUUUUAUGGCUGGAGUUGUCAGAGUGAAGAAGAGGGACAGUGUCGGACGGCUGAAUACUCUGUGAAGAGUAUCAUGAUUAGCGAUGCAUCAUCGAUUAAUGCGAGAGAAUGGCAAGAUAAGUGUUGGGAUUUUGCGCAGGGAGGUGGCGCGAAUGGGUUGGAGAGAAGUAGUGUUUGGAUGCUAUUGCUUGGCUCUGUUGCUGCGGCAUUGAUGGCUGCGUGA